CCUAGUUGAUUAUUAAGAUUUGAGAUUGGUAUAUUUAACAUUUUGCAAUUUUAAUAAAAUUUCUGGAUAGUAAUCAUCAAAAUGAAGAAGAAUACAAUGAAAGAUUUAGCACCUAUAGCCAUUCCACAUGGCCCGCCUGUGGAGUCCACGGCGGAAUAUUUUAAAUCUAAAAUGGAGACUGCGAACAUGACGAGGAAGUAUCCAGUAUGGGAUGUCGCGCGACCGACACCGCAAGUGUUGAUGGAACAGGCGCGGCGCGACUUAAUGGAGGCCGAUGAGAAGCUCGUGUUGAAGCGGGAAGAGGAGAAGGAGAACAGGGUCGUCAUGGACGCCAAGUGGCUCGAGCUGCGGGAGAAAGAGAUGUUAUUGAAAGAAUCAUUUAUCAGUUUUAACAAGUUCAUAAGAGAGAACCAGGAGAAGCGCGACCGAGCGGAGCGCAAGAUGGAGGCGGAUGGGCAAGUGCUGCUGCGCAAGGCGCGCGAGACGGAGGCCAUGCGCUGCCGCGUCGCGGAGAUGGAGGAGGUGAAGCGGCUGAUGGAGCACCAGGUGCAGGAUUACACCAUAUACGAGGAUUACCUCAUGUCGGUUGUCAGAAAUUAUCCUGAAUUUAAACAACCCCUAGACGUGUUAAAUCGUUAUGAAGCUCUAGCCGCCGCUAAGAACACUCUAGCGGAGCGCCAGGAGCGGGACCUGGGGAUGCUGGAGAACGCGCGCCAGAAGAUCGCCGCCCUCACCGAGGAGAAGAAGCUCUUCAUCAUGGGACUCAAUAACACGCUCGCUGACCUCAGGUGGCGCUACGACAAGGUGCGGAACCGUGUGAUCGAGUGGGAGCUGGCGCUGAACCGGCUGAAGGAGGCGGCGGCGGCGCGCCACGUGGAGCUGUGCCACGUGCGCGCCGCCGUGCGCAGCCUCUACCUCAAGAUCUGCGCGCAGAAGCGCAUGCCGGCCGACGCUCCGCCGCACGACUUCGAACAGCAGCUGGUGCUGGUGAUGCGCGCGCUGCUCGAGCUGCGCAACAUAUACAGGAUCGCGCACCGACGCUCCAAGGAGAAAGACGCAGAGUCAGCGCAAAACACAAUGUGAUAGCUUUUUAAUUUUUUAAUAAAUAAAAGUGUUUUAAAUACA